CCGGUGAAAUUAUUUUAGGAAACCAAAGUGACUUUUUAGCUCGAAAAAUUGGGUAUUUGAUGGCGGCGAGCGCGAACCCGUCGGGGAACAAUCAGGAAGGUUCGUCGGCGACGCAGAAAGUAUCGUCUUCUUCAGCGGCGGCGACGAAUGGCGCAGCUGUGAAUUCGGUCGAUAAUGGUGGCAACACAGGCGCGGCGGCGGAUAAUUCACAGACGAUUGGCGCCUUGAGGCAUAAUCCUGGGAUCUCUACCGAUUGGACUCAUGAGGAACAAUCUCUAUUGGAAGAUUUGCUCGUCAAGUACGCGACAGAACCUUCGGUUUUUCGAUAUGCGAAGAUUGCGAUGAAAAUGAAGGAUAAGACUGUUCGAGAUGUUGCUCUGCGCUGUCGAUGGAUGACUAAAAAGGAAAACGGAAAGCGUAGGAAAGAAGACCAUUCGUCGAGGAAAAGCAAAGAUAAGAAAGAAAAAGCUACAGAUUCUUCAGCCAAGUCCUCAUCUCAUUUGAAUGUGCAUCCUAAUGGUCCUUCUUAUGCUCCGCCUAUGAUGCCUAUUGAUACUGAUGAUGGUAUUUCGUAUAAAGCUAUUGGUGGUGUGAGUGGAGAUCUUCUCGAGCAAAAUGCUCAAAUGUUCAAUCAAGUUUCAUCAAAUUUCUCAGCUUUCCAGCUACAUGAGAAUGUCAAUAUCUUGUGCAAAGCUCGGGACAAUAUCCUCGCAAUCUUGAACGACUUGAAUGACAUGCCAGAAGUUAUGAAGCAGAUGCCACCUCUUCCGGUGAAGGUGAAUGAGGAGCUGGCAAAUUCGAUUCUCCCUCGCCCAUCCCAUCAAAGGAAGUCAUGAUCGAGUCGACCUAUGGUUGGUUCUGACCAAGGAGUCUCUUUAAUCCGGGAUCAAUGAAGAAAGGAAUAAAUCGCGGGAUAGAGAGAGCUCCAGUCGUACUGGUUGAUAGAAUGAGGGGUUUCCCCUGACUCAUAGAGUUAUAGUCUCUUUUACAAUUUCUGUCAGUCUCUGAAUGUUUUAGCAAAUGGUUAAUUGAUACAUGAGUAGGGUCGCGUAUCGUUGUUUAGGAUGUGAAUAGAUUUCAAUUGGUAUG